UUGUUUUUUUCGUCUUCUUGUUGUUUUUGUUGCUGUUCUCUGAGCACCAACGUCUUUCUUCCGCUUCCAUCCUUCACACUUUUUGAUACCCUUUCCCCCUUUCCCCCUCUCCCCUCCACAUCUUGUUCAAACAAGCACACAAAAACAAUGUCGUCGUCGCACUUUGUCGUUGGCGGUGUUCCAGAGCACUUUAACGCGCCCUUCCAUCUCGGCAUGAAGGACGGCACGUUUGCACGCCAUGGCGUCACGCUCGACUUUGUGGACUGUCUCGGCGGCACUGGCGAGAUGACCACCAAGCUCAACAACGGUGAACUCGAUGUCGCAGUUGCACUCACGGAAGGCCUCAUUGCUGCCAUCGCGAAGGGCGAGGCGCGCUUCAAACUCGCAGCAGAGUAUUGCCGAUCACCGCUCAUCUGGGCCGUGUCGACGGGGGCCAACAGCGAGGUCAAGUCUGUGGCUGAUCUGGAUGGCAAGACGUUUGGCAUUUCCCGGUUUGGCAGCGGCUCGCACAUCAUGGCCAUUGUGCUGGCCAAGAACAACGGCUUUGUCCAAGACAACCAUUGGCGCGUGCUCCGCAACUUCCAGGGCCUUCGCGACGGCGUCAACACGAGCGAGGCCGACGCCUUCCUCUGGGAAAAGUUCACCACCAAGCCCUUCCACGACACGCGCGAAGUUGUCAAGGUUGGCGAGAUUGUCACCCCGUGGCCCGCCUUUAUGGUUGCCGUCAGCGACGCUGCGCUUCAACGGGAGGGCGCCACUGAGAAGCUCGCUGCCCUCUUCCGCGGCAUCCAGGAGAGCUGCGCCAACUUUGCGCGCAACGACGACGGCGCCUCGGUUCAGUAUGUCGCCGACAAGUACGGCAACACCCUGGACGACGCCGCCAAGUGGUUUUCGGCUGUCGAGUUUUCACAAGACGGCGCGCUCUCCUCCGCCGUCCUCACCAAUGUUGUUUCCAUUCUCAAGGAGGCGGAUGUGCUGACGGCUGACAUUCAUGCGCCACCCCAAGCGCUUGUUGCACCAGCUCUCGCGCGCAUCAUCUAAAGACAAGGACAGAGAGAGAGAGAGAGAGAGAGAGAGAGAGUUUUUCUCGCUUUUCUGUCUGCGACUGGUGCGCACUGCCAUUUUUCCUCUUUUUGUCGUUCUUUGCUUUUUUUUUUUUGGCUUUCCUCUUGUUCUGUCCACUUCUGAUCAGCAUCAUUGGACCUCUACACGCUUUCAGAAACCCCCCAUUGUGGGUUUUGGGCCAUAGAGUGUUUGUUGAGUUGGUUGGAAACUUGCUUCCUCUUCUCGUUUUUUUUUUUUCUUCUUUUUCUUUUCUUUUCGUUCGUUUCUUGUUCAUCUUCGAUCUUUCCCUCCCGUUAAUGCUACCCUCCUUUCGGGUUUGCUUGGUCGUGUGACAAUACGUUGCCCCGACCAUGCUUCCUGUCAUCCAUAAUCAGCAGAGUGCUCGUCUCUGCUCAUUCUUAGUGAAUCUCCAAGGGACUGCAGUGUAACGGAAGCCAAGCGGCCACAUUUUUUUUUUUGCUUUGUUGCUCAUUGCACAUUUUCAUGUCUUUGUUCAACGAGCUUCAAAUCUUUCUAUUGUGGCGAAAACUCUGAUGCCGCUUUUGUCGGCGAUUCGGAGCCGCUUGACUUGUUCACUGCUCGUUUCCUUUGUUGCUUUUUUUUUUUUUGUGGUUGUUGCUGUCUGUUGUGUGAAUCUCUUGCGACUUGUUGCUGUUGUUGUUGCCUCUCCAAUGUAAUUCAUUCUUAUCGCAUUCUCGAG